CUUGGGAUAAUGUCGACGGACAACAGCCCCUUAGUCUCUGUGACACCUGAGAAAGUGCUGUAUAUUAAAGCUUUUGACUCCUUGGAAAUAAUUUACGGAAUAUCGUUGAGCAGAUCAAUAAGCGCUGAUAAAAACACGGAGUGCAGCACAGAUGCUGCAUGCCAGACUGUAACUUUGAGAAAUCUGAGGGAUGCGAAGGUAUUUUACCGGGUGGAAUCCAAUGUGCCGGAAUUGUAUUAUUUUUUUCCUCGCUAUGGUUGCCUCGAUGCGCUGAGAACUACAGAACUUUGUGUAGUUGUACUGCCAUUUGACUUCGACCAGCCAACCAAUCAUUACCAUGAGCUGACAAUUCAGAGCAUGUUAGCGACCAGCGAGGAAACGACAGAGCUUCAAGUAGUGUGGGAGGAUGCCGAUCCGGCUAAGAUUUGGAAACACAAACUGCAGUGCAUACCGUGGGUGCAAGGGAACCUGGUUAUGAAUCCCAGUCAUGAGCUUGUAUUGGACGAAGACAGGGUGAAAUACAGCACACAAACUUCGUCUACGACUGUUUCGACAUUGCCAAAAUCUAGCAGCAUUAGCCCAGGCAAAACGAAAAUUCUGUUCGUCUUUCGGAAACCACUGGAAAUGCGCGAUGUUCCUACAGCUCUUGACACAAUCACAAUAUCAGCAUCGUCAAUUGCAACUAGUAGCAACCAUCCUAUCUGUGAUUUGUUAUAUACCAUCAAGUGUGUAUACGUCAGGUCAAAAACACCACCGUCUCUUUCCAAAUUCGAAGGGCCUUAA